GACCUUAUGUGAUCAAGAAAGAUGGCGGGGGAAACAGCAAUGGAGCUCCUUUUUUUAGAUACGUUCAAGCAUCAAAGUGCAGAGUUGACCAAUGUGGAUGUUGUGCGGUUUCCAUAUGGUGUCUUGAUCACAGAAGUGCGGGUCAUUCCCCCUGGCAUCAAAGCACACAGCAACCUUCCCGACAGCAGAGCGUUUGGGGAGACGGCACCUCACGCAUUCCAGUUGGACCUGUUCUUCAAUAAUGUCUCCAAACCCAACGCCCCAGUGUUUGACAGGCUGGGCAGCCUCGAGUAUGAUGAGAACAAAUCAAUCAUCUUCAGACCCAAUGGGAAGGUAAACACAGAUGGUUUAGUUCUUCGUGGAUGGUACACAUGCCUGACAUUGGCAGUGUACGGCACAGCUGAUCGUCCCCACAGCCAUGAGCUGGAUUCUCCGCCCCCUCCUCCACCUCCUCCCCAACAGCAGCAGCCGGGGUCCAAGAGGAUCAUCAAGCAUGAGUGGGACAAUGAAGAGCAAUACAACGGCAGCCCACCCAGACCGCAGCCCAGAGGGCCACGGACACCACCAGGACCUCCACCUCCAGACGACGAUGAUGAGGAAGCUCUUCCUGCACCUGGUCCAGUAAAGGAGGAGCACACAGAACAGCGUUGUGAUUACCUGGAGCCCGUCUCACCUGAGCGAGUAUCCCUUCCUGCUGAAGAGACCUACUCCGACGCAGAGCAGGAGGAGGAUGAGGGCCCUGCUGGUGAUGAAGACGAUGACGAUGCACCGUCAGUGGGAAGUCAGGGGGAGGAAGAUGAUGAGGAAGAAGAAGAGGCUGAUGAGAUGGAGGAUGAAGAUGGAGAAGGUGAUGAUGGCUAUGAGCAGAUCUCCAGUGAUGAAGAGGAUUUGGAAAGUGGGGCUUUCAAGCUGCCUGCCUUUGACCUGGACUACACAGCUGAGGACCUUGCCUCAUUACCAACAGUUCAGUAUGAUCCAUAUGAACGUGAACUCCGACCCCUCCAGCACUUCACCCCGCCACACAUCACACGCUAUGAGGCAGAACUAAAACGCCUCAAAACGGUAGACAUCCAGGACUCUACCUCUCCAUGGGCGGAGUCUGCAUCAAAACUAUCAGAACUGUUAGAGGCCUGGGAGGAGGGGCAGGGGGCGGAGCGAGGGGCAGGUUGGAUAACGGCAUUAGAGGAAAUUCCUGCCUUGCUUGUUAAAGGGAUGAGCUUUAUGUCUAUUAAAGACCCUGAUGGGCAGAGAGAAAAGUUAAAACGGUUAGUCGAGUGGAGUUGUGAAGCACUUAGUUUAGACUCUGCUCUGGCACAGCCCAUAGCUCUGAACCUUCGCCAGCUCAAAGCAGGAUGCAAACUGGCCUCUGCCCUGGCCGACUGUGGUGCCCAGCCUGUGCAGGAUCUGCUAGAGAAAGGGAUUGUUGCAAGUCUGAUGGGCUUGCUGUUUGCAGAACACAUUUCAUCCACUCUGAAACUCAAUGUGCUGCGUUCCCUUGACAGCAUCAUCAGUGAGCCUCAGGGCAUCGAGACCCUGCUUAGAGACUGUCACCAUGACAAUGAAGAAACGAGUGGAUACCAGCGUCUGCUGGAUCUGUUUCUGUUGGACCAAACCGUACGUGUUGCUACGGCAGGCGCAGCCAUUUUACAAAAGGGACAUUUUUAUGAGGUUUUGACUGACCUGCAGAGGACAGCAAGCGUUUGGGCUGAACUGCAUCCUGCAGUAGGAGAGGUGGGUGAAAGAGAAGGAUGUGAGAGCGAGAGAGAAGGGGGAGAGAGAGACAGAAAAAUCACAGAGAGGGAAGGAGAUGAGAGAGAGCGGGAAACCCAGGAGGCAGAGCGGGAAAGCCCAAUGGACAUCGAUACUCUGUUGGAAUCGGCCUCUUUGUCAGAGGGUGACAUGGAGAGACUGCAGGGUCUUUUAGAGGAACUGCUCCAUCUGCUGGAGACAGCACCUCACUGUAUGGUACAGCCACCGGGGAAAGCAUUUCCCACCAGUGCACGCAUCACAGGGCCUCCAGAACGAGAUGAUCCCUACCCAACACUGUACAGAUACAUGCAUGCAUGUCACUUUCUGGAAUCCUUGGCAGUUGUUCUGUCGUAUCCGGCUACAUGUGCCCAUAUUGGAGUCCUGCAGUCUGUCAGAGAACUGAUGUGCUUCUUGUCACAGUCCCAGCAGGGUCUCCUCUUCCUCCUCAGCAAGCAUGAACCUACCAACCUGCUGCUUCGUCUUCUCACUCCCUUAACUCACCUGUCCCCGCCCUCUCACCUGGUUCCACUCACACCCCUUUUAGAGGGCGAGGGUGAAGAUGCUCCGACAGGUGGAGAGGGGUCGAUGGAGGAUGGCUUUUGGGUGUGGCUUAUGCAAACUUUACAUGCACUACAGGGUGUAGCUGAGCUCAAUGGGGCAGAGCUUGAAGAUGGUGAUAAUCCAGAUGUUUUGGCAACACUUCAUGGCCUAUAUGUUAUUAGCUUUAGCAGCACAGGCCGAAAUGCUGUAACACAUGCAUUUAGCUUGGGUAAUAACCUCAGCUGUUUGGUCAACCUGCUGGAGUUCCACGCCAAAGAGGGCCAAGAGGAGGGCAAAGCAAGGAAGUCUGUAACAUAUAACUAUGCCUGCAUGCUUAUACUGCUCGUGGUUCAAACAUCAGGUGAUCUGCGGAUGAUGGAGCAUUAUACCACUCCACUUCUAAGUAUUUGCAAUGCUGAUGAAAACAAUGCUAAGCUUCAGGAGCUGUCUAAGUGGUUGGAGCCUCUUGAAAAAUUUAAUUUUGAUAUCAGUGGCAUCCCUACACUUAUUGACUACAUUAAACAGAAUCUGGAGAACUUGAUGACAGCUGAUGGGGUGGGUCUUGUAUCUUCUCUCAGAGUGUUGUGCCACAUUGCCUGUCCUCCACCUACUGUGCCAGGUCAGCAGAAAGACUUGAAGUGGAACCAGGCAAUAAUUGCCCUCUUUAGUGCUGAAGGAAUGGACACUUUUAUUAAAGUCCUCCAGAAGCUUACAUCACUGCUGCUGCUGCCAUGGCGACUACAUGGGCCGAUGGGCCCCACGGCACAGCGACUCAUGAUGCUGUCAGUGGCCUCCUGCUCACUGAGACUCAUUCGAGCCAUGUUAACAGAGCUGCUGUGCGGGGGAACCUGCGAGUUCCGUGACGUGCGUGUGCCCUCCGUCUGUGUCACCCUUCACAAGAUUCUCUGCUCCACCCCUUCAACCGGGCGCUUGGAUGCGGAGGAGCUACGUAUCCAGGGAGACGUGACAGAGAUUUUGUUAACAUUGACACAUGCGGUUAGCAAGCAAGAGACUGGUUCAGAGGAGACCGUGGCAGGAAACAGCUGGUCUCUGAUGCUGAAGGAAGUGCUGAACUCCAUACUGGCUGCUCCAGAGAACAUCUACAGCAGCCUCAGUCUGCUCUCUGAACUGCUGCCUCUACCUCUGCCCAUGCAGACCACACAGGCACUUUCUGUGCAAGACAUUGGGGUUGCAAUGAACACAAGAAAGUUGUGGAGCGUGCACUUACACGCUCAGGCCCGAGUGUUACAGGAAGUGCUGAGGUGUGCGUGUGUGAGCAGCUGUCCACCGCUCCUGUCCAUGCUCCGCCGGGUGUGUGUGCAGCUCUGUGAUCUCGCUGCACCCACUGCAACCCUGGUGAUGAGAACACUGCUGGAGCAGCUGCAGGAGGAGAUGCAACAAGAGGCAGCUGGCUCACGCUUGAUAAGGCUACUAGCCCUUCUUGACCUGCUGGCAUCUCAACGCGCUUGCAAGACGGCCAUGCUGGCUCUGUUGGGCGGAUUGACACGCAGUGAAGUGCGUAGUGAUGGGAAAGUGGAGGAAAAACUUUCAGACCUUCUUCCUUUGCUGUUGGCCAUGAUUGUCCUACCAGCAAAUGCCGGCCUAUCAGCACAGCAGAAUGCUGAAUUGACAGCUUCCAUUAUUCAGUCACUAUGUGAUCAGGAUGUGUCGCUGGUCGUGAGCGGCUCAGGAGAGGCGUCUGUAUCUGAGUUAGAGCAGCUGGCCAAUGCAUUGCCGACCAGAGACAUGCUGACGUGUAUAUGUGAUGGAAUGUUGGAAGUGUUGGGAAAUACACACAGUACCUACACACUCCAGCUGUCAUGUCUUCGAACCAUGAUGUUCCUCACAGAGCACAACUAUGGGCUCUAUCACCUGAAAAGCUCUCUGAACAAACACAGCUCGUCCAUUUCCUCUCUGAUCCACAGGGAAACCACAUCCUUUAACAAAGAAUCAGCAGAGCUUCUUUCAGCCCUGUUUGACUUUUUGAGACAGAUCCUUAACACUGAAACUAUGGAUGAAGACAUAGACAGUCGCUCAUUGUUUCUUAGUGUGAGUGACAUGAAACAGCUGCUGCAGUGGAAGGAGGAAUCAGGGGAACAUCCAUUACCUGAUUUGGAGAAACAUAUAAUGGAGCUCUGUAAAGAGGACGAGUCUUUGGAGACUCUGCUCGAGAAUGUGGCUGGACUGCGACAGAUUAUAGAAAGUUCUGGAGAUGCACCCACUAAUGCAGAGCCUGAAACUGAGCCCACUCUGCCUCCACCAGAGCCACUCCAGACACAGUUCAACCACAGAACGGUUUAUGUUCUCUCUGAUGUCUUGGACGAGCAGUUGAAGGCUCUGUGGUUUUCUCCAUUUCAGUCAGAGGAGUUGGAGACAGAAGUAGACAUGGUGAAAGUAGACCUAGUUGCACUGGCCCAGCAGUGUUGUCCAGACUUGGACCUGAAGGCAGAGUUAGAACGAUCGUUCCUCAGUGAACCUGAUUCCCCAGGGCACAGCAAACCAACCAAAGGCUUCAGAUUGGGCAAGCACAAACAUGAGACCUUCAUCACAUCCAGUGGGAAGUCAGAUUAUGUGGAGCCUGCAAAACGAGCUCAUAUCAUGGCAGCCCCUCGAGGUCGGGGUCGUGGUGGGUUUGGCCAGCUCUGUCGGCCACAUGACAUUUUCCGACAGCGCAAGCAGAACACCAGUCGUCCUCCUUCCAUGCAUGUGGACGAUUUUCUUGCUGCAGAGUUUACGGACGUGGGUCCGCCCACUGGUCUGGCCCUGGCCAAACGCCUACCGAAAGGAGGAGGAGCCAAGCCACCAACUAGAGGCUUAUUCACUGGAGGAACCAGAGGGAGGGGCUUCCAAAGCCACACCCGCUUCUUUACGCCACCAGCUCCCAAAAAUGUUCUCCUUGCUGGUAACUAUCCUCGCCGUGAGGGUGGCCGUGGCUCCGCCUGGAGCACUCCAGUAACAGCCGUCACUCACAGAGGGACUUACAGUGAACCUCGCGGAGGACAAAGCAACUUCGCACGCCCGUUACCCUCCAGACAACCACCCGCAGGUGCAUACCGAUUGGCUCCUCGAGACAGAGCCACCAGAGGUAGAGGUACUGGUCUGUCCUGGCUGAGUGGUGGUGGAGUUAAUGUGGGAGGAGGUGGAGUUGGUGGCGGUGGACGUGGUCAAGGGAAGUUCAGCAGUGGAGGGAGUGGAGGUGGGCGGGGCCGACAUGUCCGCUCAUUCACUCGCUAGAUGCUGUUAUGAGCAAAACAAACUCAGCCAUUAGGCUCUAAAGGACCAAUCAGGAUGUGGAUUUGCUUGAUCUGUUGCAACCAUUGGCUGACAUUGUGUAUGUCAUUGUCAAGUUUUGUGUUUUUCUCUCAUUUUUUUUUAUUUUUAUUUUUUACUUAAAAUAUGAUUAAAUACUUGAGUUUAUGUUUGAGUGUAUUUUUUAUAUAAAAAGCCACAGUGUAACUUGUGUUUUGAGAAAACAAUUUUAAUAUCAACAUAAUAGAGAAUGGACACUGCAAAAUGCCUCUGUUUUGUUCUUGCAAAUGUUGACAUGUCUCAAACUCUAAAACAAAAUUCAAUUAAUAUACUCACUUUGGAUUGUUCAAAUGUAACAUACGUCAAACUCUUUUCCUACACAAUUUGGUUCAUCCAUAAUGCACCUAGCCCUCCUCAUUGGACUUCGCGCAGAGAAGCUACAAUAAUAGGGUUUUUUAAAGGUGCUCUCAGCUAUUUUUUGCUCAUGUUGUGCUGGCUGAUAUGACAGACACCUAGCAGCAUGGAUGCAGCAUCAAGCAAGAGUUACCAAUGCCAUUGCAGAAACGCAAUAUCCUCAGUUAGCCAUGAUUAAUUUAUUCCAUGAGCAAAACUGUCCAAUAUCAGGGGUAUAAAAAGUGAGAUCAAGUGAGCAGUAUUCAGCUCAAAACGGUCUCUCAACUGGACAGCCCACAUAAAAUAAAACCGCUUUUACAAGCCUACUGCAAUGACUGGAGUCCUCAUCUCAUGUCAACUUAACAUUAUUAAACAUAUUUUUGUCAAAA